CUCUGCUAUUCAUCACUUUUCAUUCGGAAACAGUCGGGGCAGGGAGUGUACUUAGCAAGAUGGCGGCGCGGUGGGGAGCAGGCGAGGAUACUUUAACUGCGUGCAAUAUGGAUUUUUUCCCCAUAGACACACUAGACGAGGCUGAUGGCCUCACCUCUGCAGAAACUCUAGAGGCACUUCAAAGCUGCUUGGACCCCUCUAUUCUCUCUAUCUUUGAGGAAGUGCCAACAACAGAGACUAAAGGUUUAGAUGAGGAGAGCGAAGCUACGCUGCUAACCGCCCUGACAGAAAUCCUCGACAAUGUGGACGAUGAGAACCUGUCCCCGUUUGACACACUGCCCGACUCAGACCUCUUGUCCGGUCAGAAGGGCAGAGAACACUCUCCGCUCAAGAGAUUGCUGUGUUUGUCCCGUUCCCCUCCAGAGAAAGACACACUGUAUAGCACAAGAGCCUCAUCAACGGGAAAGAGCCUCCCCAGGAUACUGGCAGACUCUCUCCAGAGAAGUGAUGGGGAGGAAGAGGAAGAUGGCUCCCUCACUCUGAGCCCAGUGAGUCAUGAUUCAUCUCCUGACAGCGACCUACACUGGGAAGGUCUGACCCUCCCGAUUCCUGUCACCUUCGAGCAGAAGGAGGAAGAUGGCGUCUCAGUUAGCCUUGGGGACUUGGUCAGGCACAUGCACCCGUACUGUAUGGCCAUCUGUAUGGAGAAUGACGAGGGGGAACAGAUGUUGCCCGAAGGAGGCAUCUUACUUGAAGUUGUGGACCAGGGUGAAAAUGGAGAGCCCAUCCUGGCCAUCCCAGACAUGGAUCUCUCUGUCUCUCUGCCACUUAAAGAGCAGUCUCCAGAAAAUGAGCAGAAAGUUUCAGAUGAAGAAGACGCAGCCUCUGACAGUUCAGAGCAAAUAGUCGUUGACGAUGAAGAUGAAACGAUCAUUGAGGCUCCAGUGAAAAUUGCGGCCCCUGUGACGCCAGGGGUGAAAGAUGAGAUGAUCGUUAAAAGACAGAAGGAAGAUAUAAAAGAGAAAAGCCCCUCACGGAGAAAAAAGAAAAAGAAAUGCAAGGAAGAGUGCCUGCCCAAACCUGUGGAGGGAAGAGUCCUUAGAAGUGGCACAGUAAGAAAGAUGGCGCAGGACUCUCCCAAAAAACCUGAAAAAAGGUCAGUCAAAGAAGAGAAGAAGGUUCCUCUUGCCUCAACUCAAGCGCCUUCUGAAAAACCUAAGAAAUUAAAUCAAUGCCAAACUGAAAUCACCACUACAACACUAUUGCCUGACAUGAGCGUGCAAGCUGCCACAUCUAUCUCACCCAGACAGGAAACAGCGCCGUUAAAUGCCAGCCCUGAGAAGAGUCAGCUUAGCUGUCCACCCACAACAGUGACCUCUCAGCAGUCUGAUGAAAUGUGCAAACAGUUGGCCCCGGCCCCCGAGAAGCUGGAGGACUCAUCAGCAGCUCCCUGUGCUGUCCUACCCCUGGUGUCUUCAGAGAGCCCUGCAGCUGCUCCCAGUUCUGCAACACCCCAGAAUACACCACCUGUUAAUGAGGCCCUCCCUCCUGCAGCCCCUGCAGACCCAAAGCCUAAAUCACUCAGUCUAGCAGAGUACCGGCGGCUCAGGCAGCAGAAGAAGCCUACUCCGGUGGAAAAACCAGGCGACAACAGCACCAAGUGGCCCAGCCUCCCAGAGCUUCCCAAAGAGCUGCCCCCCAUUCCCUGCCUGCCUGACCCCCGCCCCAAGGAUCCUCGACGCCCUAACCCUGAGGCAGUGGAGGAGGUCAAACCUGCCUGGCAGCCAAGGGGACCGUGUGCACCACCCACCCCUGAGGCGCUGUUGGUGCCACCCUCCUACAUGGUUGCCUCAUCCAGCAAAGGUCCAGCUGCUCCUAAACCCCAGCAAACACCUGAAACUCCUAAACCUUCUGUACCCCAAAACCCCUCAGCUCCUGCACCAAAUUCUGUGAGAAAUUUACCCACACAACACACCACCGCUCAACCUGCAGUCGCUUGUGUGCCUCAGGGCUCUUGUUCUACAACUUCUUCAACAUCUACCACUCAGUGCGUGUCAAAAGCACUUUCAGGAGGAAAGAGUGGGGUCGACGAAAGGCUCCAGUCUCAGCCUGUAUCUCCUAAGUCUGUAGAGCUCACUAAAACUUGUCCUAAAACCACUACAGAGGCAAUCAAACCCACCGCUGCUACUGUGUCUGCUGCCAGUGCCCCCCAGACAGUUCCUGUGGUUACUGCUCCUGUGUCAUUAAAUGACCCCAUCACAUUGGAUAGCAAGUCCUGCAGACCCACAGCCAAUGGUACCCAGCUUUCUUCUUCUCUUGCUACCAAUCUCUCCAACUCCCAGAGUCUGAAGGCUGAACCUGUUGUACUUGAAACUAAAGAGAAACCCACUACAGCAGUAAAACCCCAGAGGGCAAAGAGCCCCACCCAGGAGCUGAUUGAGGCUUUUACCAGUGAGAUAGGUAUUGAAGCUGCUGAUCUGACUAGCUUGCUGGAGCAGUUUGAGGAAACCCAAGCCAAAGAGAAGCACUGUGUGCCGGAGGUCUGUGGUAGAGCAGCAGCUGUAGGAAACUCUAGUGUUGAGUUGGCUCCAGAGAAAACGGUUGUGGAGCGAGUGAGAGCCAAUGACCUCUCAAGCACUGCAGCUCUGACUCCUCCAGCCACUCCUCCCCAUCAGAUGUGGAAACCCCUGGCCCCUGUGGCCCUGCUGGGAAAGAGCAAAGCUGCUGAGGCCUCAAAGUUAAGCCCCUCUAAGGUUAUCCAGAUAGAAGCCCGACCUCUGCCCUCAGUCAGGAGCCGCAGCAAACCCACUCCUGCUGCUCCCUCUGUCACCCCCGAAGUGGCAUGUAUGGAUCAUGACUACUGCCUCCCCAACACAGGCACUUCAACGGGAGAGCAAGGCAAGCGCUGGAAUGUUAAACAGCCAUCUUUUAUCACUAUUAAACCCAUCAAGCAGCCUGGUACAAGCACUACACGGACAACCCCAGCUGCCCCGGCACCGCUCACCACAAACACUGUGGUUACAACCAAAACACAGGAGUUUCCCCCGACAGAGCCCCUGGAUCACAGGACUGAUGGGAUGGAGAAAAGCUCUGUUCUGGAGACUCCAGAUGCUUCGCCUGCUCGGCAGGAGACUGAUGCUGCUGUUAAAGAAGAAAGCCCCAGGAGAGGGCACUUCGGGAGGUCCUACCGUCAACAUGCUGCUUAUCGCACACCCAGCCCCAGAUCUGGUCCCAGAGAGAGGACUGGAGGCAGGUCUAGAAAAAGGAGAUCCCAUCGCUCCCCCAGCCCUAUGUCAAGUGGUUCAGAGUCAGACUCCAGUUCUUCUAGAUCUCGGUCUAGAUCACGCUCUCCAUCAAAGAAAAGGUAUCGUCCCCGUCACUCUGACAGUAGUUCCAGCUCCUCAUCCCGGUCCUCCUCCCGGUCCUCUCCUUCGGUUUCCCGCUCCCCUCUCAGGAGGAGGAGGUACUCGUAUUCUUCCUCUCGUUCUGGCUCUUGGAGUCGCUCCAGGUCACGGUCUAGAUCCCCUCAGAGACAAUCAGACUGGAGCAGAAGCAGAAAAUUUUACAGUCCCUCACAUGUGUCCCACUAUGGUCACAGUGCAAAGACAAAUCAGGAAGAGGUGAAAAGACGCAAGGAGAAAGCCAUUGAGGAACGCCGGGUCGUGUACGUUGGUCGAAUCAGGGGUACGAUGACCCAAAAAGAACUUAAAGAGCGCUUCUCUUUAUUUGGUGAGAUUGAGGACUGCACCCUGCACUUUAGAGACCAUGGGGACAACUACGGGUUUGUAACCUAUUACGACACCAAGAACGCUUUCACGGCCAUCGAGAACGGAAGCAAGUUGCGGAAGCCAGAUGAGCUGCCGUUUGAUCUCUGUUUUGGAGGAAGGAGACAGUUCUGCAAGACCAACUAUGCUGACCUGGAUUCAAGUAAGGAGUACGAUCCAUUGCCUGGGAAAGGCAAGUUUCAUGCACUAGACUUCGACACUUUAUUGAAGCAGGCCAAGCAGAAUCAGAGGAGGUAACAGGAGGCCUGCAGCAGGAAGCAGCCGACAUUUACCUCAGAGCCAACGGUUGGCUCCUCACCUGCAACACUGUCUUUACAUUUUAGUUGUUGCAUUAGUUUUUGUUGUUUUACUUUGUUUCUGCAAGCUAACACCUUCUAUUGAAGUGAAGAUUUGUAAUGAAAGUAGUAAAAGAAAAAAAAAUGGAAUAAGUGAAAUAAUUUUUUUUUAAAGUUUUAUUUAAAUGUAUAAGCAAAUUUGAAUUGUAUGGAGAGAAUAAUUUUUAAAAUGGGAAAAGGUACAUGGAAUGGAGCUCCCUAAUGGCAGGGGAAGGUUGUAAUACAUUUAAAUGUAGUACAAACCUAAAUUAAAAGAAAUAAAACCUGAAA